AUGCUAGAGUCUCACCUCAUUAUCUAUUUUCUUCUUGCAGUGAUACAAUUUCUUCUUGGGAUUUUCACAAAUGGCAUCAUUGUGGUGGUGAAUGGCAUUGACUUGAUCAAGCACAGAAAAAUGGCUCCGCUGGAUCUCCUUCUUUCUUGUCUGGCAGUUUCUAGAAUUUUUCUGCAGUUGUUCAUCUUCUACGUUAAUGUGAUUGUUAUCUUCUUCAUAGAAUUCAUCAUGUGUUCUGCGAAUUGUGCAAUUCUCUUAUUUGUAAAUGAAUUGGAACUUUGGCUUGCCACAUGGCUCGGCGUUUUCUAUUGUGCCAAGGUUGCCAGCGUCCGUCACCCACUCUUCAUCUGGUUGAAGAUGAGGAUAUCCAAGCUGGUCCCAUGGAUGAUCCUGGGGUCUCUGCUAUAUGUAUCUAUGAUUUGUGUUUUCCAUAGCAAAUAUGCAGGGUUUAUGGUCCCACACUUCUUAAGGAACUUUUUCUCCCAAAAUGCCACAAUUCAAAAAGAAGAUACACUGGCUAUACAGAUUUUCUCUUUUGUUGCUGAGUUCUCAGUGCCAUUGCUUAUCUUCCUUGUUGCUGUUUUGCUCUUGAUUUUCUCUCUGGGGAGGCACACCCGGCAAAUGAGAAACACAGUGGCGGGCAGCAGGGUUCCUGGCAGGGGUGCACCCAUCAGCGCGUUGCUGUCUAUCCUGUCCUUCCUGAUCCUCUACUUCUCCCACUGCAUGAUAAAAGUUUUUCUCUCUUCUCUAAAGUUUCACGUCAGAAGGUUCAUCUUUCUGUUCUUCAUCCUUGUGAUUGGUAUGUACCCUUCUGGACACUCUCUCAUCUUAAUUUUAGGAAAUCCUAAAUUGAAACAAAAUGCAAAAAAGUUCCUCCUCCACAGUAAGUGCUGUCAGUGA